AUGACACAUAAUACGGUGGAUAACGUGGAUGUAUUUCGCAGUCCUCAUCGACCUCGUAACCAUACUGAAGAAGAACGGUCCAUUUCCCCCCAACACCAAGAACCACACCAGCAACUUGGAAAUGAUAAUCGAAGCCAGAUAGGGUCUGGUCAAUUUGAAUCUAGUGAUCCAAGUUCUUUGUCAACUAAUACCACGCCCCGCAUAAAAUUGAGUGCCAAGGAUAAGCACACUGAAUUUGAAACCCCAAACCCAGACAACAGUCCAAAGGAUACAGAGCCAUAUCGAUUCCCUUUGCAUACGAUAGAUAGUUCCGGGCCAUAUAAGUCACUAGAGGAGCAGAUUGAUUUGAGAUUGGCUUCCCUGAAUAACCCCACCAUCAUUAUGGAAUUGGAUCUCGAUGGUAGUAUACGGUACUUGUCUAAAAAUUGGGAAUAUAUUGUGGGUACAUCCAUAAGCAAAAUUACCAAUGGACCUAUUUCUAAGAUCAUAUUGGGGAAUAAUGAGGAAGACUAUAAAGUUUUUAACCAAGCUAUUGAGUCAAUGACUCGUGAUGAUGCCAGUUACAAAGUGAAAUUCAUUACUGCAACUAAUCACACAAGGCAUGACAUUGAAGGCAACGAGAUCCGUGGAGAUUUGGAGGAGAUUAUCCGUGAUAGGACUAGUAUUAGUAACGACAGUCAACUAACUCCCCAAAAUUCAGUGGAAGAAGUCAAUGAUAUUGAUUUACCUGUGGAAGAUUAUGUGCCCAUUGAAAAGGAAGAGACGCGACAGGUGGAGCAGCAUCUUGACCAAUCUUCUCAGCAUAGCUCAGUAUCGACUUCUUUAUCAAAUGAUGGGGGAUUUAUCGAACUUGAGGCGCAAGGGAUCCUAAUUCAUGAUUCACAUACCAAGCUUCCCACACACUCAAUGUGGACUGUAAGACCAUUUGUUCAAAUUGAUUUGGAAUUAUCAAUACCAGAUGCUUUGAUUGAUUUGUUGGGAUUCGGAUCAGAGAUUUUUGAAGGAUAUUUGAUGAAUUUGAAACUGUUGGGUGUUACUGAGGAAGAAUACGUUCCACAACCGAAUACAAUAUUGUGUAGAAUUUGUGAAACAAAUAUUCCAGCAUGGUUCAUUGAAAAACACAGCGAUCUUUGUCUAAUUGAACAUCGUGCUGAUGAAGACUUGCAACAAUGUCAAGAUGCUAUUGUUGAACAGCGAGAAUUGAUUACCAAGAUAAUAGAGAGUUUGGCUAUACAAACUCAACAACCAACGUUGUAUCUGCAGCAGGCUGUACCAGGAAGCCCCGUGAAUUCGGGCGAGCAACAAUUGAAUUUAUCACAGACUCUGUCUCAGGCCCUGCUACUGCCAAAUACUUCCUCACACCUGUCAAUAUCCCUGAGCUCGUCGGAUGAUGACAAUUCAUCAAGUCCCCUGCCAGUAAUCCGCGAUUACAAGGGGUUUGCAUUGCCCCUAAUUUCAAAUGAAAACUCGUCUCCUAGACUCGCCAAUAAAGUGAUGACAAAAAGCUUUCAUUCUAGAAAUAAGAGCCUAAUGUAUUCGAAAAAGUUUCCAUUUGGAACUUUACAAAGGAUCAAGGAGUUAUGCGAUGAAGCUAUAGCAAUAAACCCGCCAUCUAGUAACAAUGUGAGUGACGAUUUGCAGAACUAUAUUUCGUUUUCUCCCAAUUCUGAAAAGUCGUUAAAUUUGGUAAUGAAUCCCACGACUAUAGAGACUUCUGAUUUGGCCAUUAAACAGAUAUUAGAGGACACAAAGGAUUUAAUAAAUGACAAAUUGGAAACUUUGUCGAGACUAGUUUCGAUAUUGCAGUACCUGAACAAGAUUAAAAGUGAAGUUGAUUUGCUAGUAUUGGAAACGGUUAGGGAAACGGUUGAUAAAAUCAGGACUCAAACAGCUGCGAAAUUAUCAAGAAGUUGUACACCAUCCGAUAGUAUAGAGCGGUCGAGACUGCCAAUAGUGCCACAGCUGGUGAGCAUUACACAAUCACAAUCGCCUCAAGUACGAACCGAGACUCUGGACGCCAAUUCACGACAGAAUAGUUUGCUUAAUUUGGAGCAACCUCCAAUGCUUGCACCGAGACCUUCUAGAAGUAAAAGUCCAAUGGAGCUACUACAGGACUCUCAAUUCGAGAAUGUUGUUACUCCAAAAGAUAUAUUGAUGAAUGAGACAAGAAACCUAUCGCAAAACUCGUCGUCCUCAUCAUUAUCUGGGCGCCGAAAAUCAUGCUGGAAUGAAGUGCCGCAGCGAAAACUGUCCAAUGAAAUGUCACGAACAUCGUCGGGAAACAACACCAACUACCCCUCCCCCAUACGGCAUUUGUCCCCUGCACCGUAUGCUGAAAAAAGCAGCUUGACAUCAAUACAAAGAAGUUCUGCUGUGAAAUCUUCACCGAUGGCGUUACAAGCGACUGAUUCUGAUCAAAGUGGCUCUGGUAUUGAUAAAAAGAUUACAAAAUUAUCUUUGGACACAGCCGUCACUCCAUUGCAGCAGAAUUCUCCAUCAUAUUCGCUUACGCAUGGGACUCCAAGUCAACUAAGUAGUUCAGUUUCGAGACCUCCAUUGUCACCAUUACUAGUAUCAACACAACAAGCACCCACCAACCCAGCCGGUAUCAAAGACUACGAGAUUGUGAAACCCAUCAGUAAAGGAGCUUUUGGUUCAGUGUUUCUUGCAAAGAGGAAGUUGACGGGUGAGUAUGUUGCUAUUAAAUGUCUACGCAAGCGUGAUAUGAUUGCUAAAAAUCAGGUCCUCAAUGUCAAAUCUGAAAGAGCAGUAAUGAUGCGACAAAGCGACUCUCCUUAUGUGGCACAAUUAUACUCCAGUUUUCAAUCCAAAGAUUUUCUAUACUUGGUGAUGGAAUACUUGAAUGGUGGAGAUUGUGGGAAUUUGAUAAAGACUUUGGGAGUCUUGGGACUCGAAUGGUCAGCUCGAUAUAUUUCUGAAAUAAUAAUUGGUGUAAAUGACCUCCAUGAAAGGGGUAUAAUUCAUCGUGAUUUGAAGCCGGAUAAUAUUUUGAUUGAUAAAAAUGGUCAUUUGAAACUAACCGAUUUCGGUUUGUCGAGAUUGGGCGUUGUUGGUCGCCAAACGAAUCACAGAAAAAGUAGUGUCAAUGAGCAAAGUGUAGAGUUAUUCCGCAGUAUUUUUGGAACCAACGGUGGCAGCGGAAGUGGAAGUGGUCCAAACUCUGCAGGAUUGGAUAACGAUGAGCAGCGUGGAAAGAGAAAUAGUUCAGGAAGUUCCAUUGUCCUAUCUCCUUCUUUAGAAAGGUCAAGGUUGGCCCAUCAAAACCAUACACCGACACAUUCGCUACAAGCGGGAUCAUCUCCCACUAUGCAAUUUUUGGAAACUUUUGGUAGUAAUAAGCACAGAUCAGGGGCUCGAUCUAACUCUGGUGGGUUAGAGUCACCAUUGUUGAAACCAAUUAUUCCCAGAACGGCAUCAGAAUCGUCUUUUGCACUAAUGGAUGAUGAGUCUACGAAUCCACAAAUCACAAAUUAUGCAUUGUAUGAUCCCAAAUUGGCAACGACAGUGGCAUCAGGAUCGGAUCUAGGGACAGGUGCUGAAGGAAACAAUGGGGGAGUCAAAAAAUUUGUUGGGACUCCUGACUACCUAGCACCGGAGACCAUUCGAGGAAUUGGGCAAAGUGAAGCAUCAGAUUGGUGGUCCAUUGGCUGUAUCUUGUUUGAGUUUUUGUACGGGUAUCCACCGUUUCACGCUGACACUCCAGAGAAGGUGUUCGACAAUAUAUUACAAGGUGAAAUAGAUUGGCCGGACUUGCCGCCUGAAGAGGAUCUUAAAUUUUGUUCCCCAGAAGCUAAAGACUUAAUUGAACGACUUUUGGAAUUAAACCCUGAUAAUAGGUUAGGCUCGCAAGGAGCUGAGGAGAUUAUGACACAUCCAUUUUUCAAAGACAUUAACUGGGACACAGUUUUUGAAGAGCCUGCCCCAUUUGUUCCCCAUGUGGAUAACCCAGAACUGACAGACUAUUUUGAUUUACGUGGUGCUUCAUUGGCGCAAUUUCCUAACGAUGAGUCAUCGUCUGAUGACGACAAGGAAACAGAGAACAAGGCUCGAAGAAGAGAAUCUAUCAAUUCUCUCCACUUACCUUCUGCUACCACCACUUCAUCCACACUGAUUAGAAAAGAACGUCGCUCAAGUAAAUUGGGUGAGGCUGGAGAAUUUGGACUGUUCCAUUUUAGGAACUUGUCAGUUUUGGAGAAACAAAACAAGGAUAUCAUAAACAGAUUGAAGUCGGAACAUUUGGAACAUAGAAAUAGUUUCUCAUCGUCUUCUCUGGAAGGUACUCCUGUGAUCAGGUCUAGGGGUUUAUCUUUUGGGAAUGCACCAGGCAGUGGGUCUGGGCUAAAUUUAUCAAAUACGAUUGUUACAUCGAGUCCAUUUAAAAGGCCUACAUCCCCGCCAGGCGCUAGUUUGGGGUCUCCUGCAAAUCCACAUAAUAGGUCUCAGUCACCUCAUCGAACGUUAGAAAGUCCUACCGUUUCAUUCGGUAAGCAUGAAAGAAUACCGUCCACAGUUAGCACUUAUUCGCUGGGUGAUGAUAUAAAUCAAGAUUCACCGAAUACCACAUCAUCCUUCACGCAUCAAAGAGCCGGCAGCUCGCCUUACAUGCAAGGGUUUGGAAAACCAGCCACUAGUCCAUCAACGAAUUCACAUUUAACCCCCAUUCCCAAUUCCAUGCUUUAUUCGUACUCUAAUCCAAACGUGCUCAAUACUCAUCAUUCUUUCUUCAGAGAAACCUCAUCGCCAAACUCGUCAGAUUCAGAAGAAACAACAAGAUCCAAUGCGUUAUUGAGAGUGCAACGUCGAAGAGAAAGUUCAAGAAUGUCGGAGGAGAUCUCAUUAAAUCAUGAUCUUGAUGUUUUAUAUUGUGAACCAAUCUCCUCUGUUCGUCAUCAAGUUGUGAAAUUAUUGGAGAGGGCUGGGUGUAUAGUUGUUUCCGUAUCAGAUGGCGAAGACUUGAUCAAACGCGCAACGAGUCAGGUGAAGUUUGACCUUAUAAUGACGGCAUUGAAACUUACCAAAGUAGAAUCCAUUGAUGCAGUGAAGUUGAUAAAGUAUACUGCAGGACAGAAUUCCGCCACUCCAAUCGUUGCUGUUACUGGAUUCGGUGAUGAGGCUAGAAAAGCACAAUGCUUCGACUUUGUUGUUGAGAAGCCUGUUACAUUUGAGAAAAUUAAAGAGUGCUUGAGAGAUGUGUUGAGCGACGAAGCAGUUAUUGAUUGA